CGAAAGCUUUAAAAAUGGCGUCCAGCGAACAGCAUUUUUGGGUAUUCAGCUGAUCGAUAGCUCGAUAUAACGGAUAUAACCAUGCGAUGAUUAACAUUUUCACAAUAUCUUCAUCGGCAAGCGGUGUUAAUUUAUCGGUGGACAGUUCGUUUUUAUCAUCUUCGUUUGUUCGAGAACUCCGGAUAUCAUCGAAUACGGUCUUUUUUCCUCAAUAACCGGAAUGCCUGAACACUUGGAGCUUCAGCAUUUGGUGGACGGAGAUAGCGACUGCGAGGCUAUGAAUCGUCGGAGAAACUUUUCUGUCUCGAGAUGCAGGUCUUGUCCAUACCUCGGCUUGAUGUUGGCGGCGCUGUCGUCGUUAUUCUUCUCACUAUGCAGUGUGAUAGUGAAGGGCCUUGUGGACGUGAAUCCAAUGGAACUAGCAGCGUUCAGAUUUGUAGGUGUGCUGCUACCAGCGAUACCUAUUGUAAUAUACAAAGGGGAGCAUCCUUUUCCAAAAGGUCGUAGGAUAAUGCUGCUGCUGAGAAGUUUUGUCGGGACAACGGGACUCAUGCUAAGUUUUUAUGCCUUUCGCCACAUGCCUUUGGCGGAUGCUUCCGUUAUUGUAUUUUCCGUUCCAGUAUUUGUAGCUAUAUCUGCCAGAAUUUUUUUGAAAGAGCCUUGCGGUAUAUUCAAUGUUAUAACAAUUUGCCUAACUUUGAUCGGCGUUGUCCUGAUAACGCGACCUCCGUUAAUUUUUGGCCAGACUGUUGAAUCUUUGACGGAUAAUCACGUAGAAACUGAAAAUGCUGAACUUUGGGGCGCCGUCGCUGCGUUUUCAGCCACAUUAUUUGGCGCGAAUGCCUAUGUAUUGUUGCGCGCAUUGAAAGGGCUUCAUUUUUCAGUAAUUAUGACAAACUUUGGUUCAUUUGCACUGAUACAAACAAUCGUUGUCACCUGGGCAAUCGGUGCACUAUGUUUGCCACGCUGCGGGACAGACAGGCUACUUGUUGUUGCACUAGCCUUAUUCAGCUUCGGCGGACAAAUUUUAUUAACUCUAGCUUUACAAAUGGAACAGGCAGGGCCUGUAGCGAUUGCAAGGUCGGCAGACAUAGUAUUUGCAUUCUUUUGGCAGGUACUAUUCUUUAACGAAAUACCAAAUAGAUAUUCGGUCGGAGGUGCUAUUUUAGUUACCAGUUCUGUCUUGCUCACGGGGUUGAGAAAGUGGGCUCUCUCGUUGCCUGAAACUUCUAACAUGAAAAAAUCACUUGGCAUUCUAGCUGUUUGAAGUACUAUUCAUUUCAAAUAAUCUGUACUAGAAUGUCGAGGCAAAAAGAUUUUCGAAAGUAAUACAACUAUUAUUAUAUUUUCUGUUCUUUUUCUUUUGAAACUGAAGAGGUCUAUCAAUUUAUGAUAUUGAUAAUUUGACUUUCCUUUUAUAUUCAAAUCGUACAUAGGACUUAUGCGCUUUGCUUCUUUUAUUAAAUUCACAAAAGCUUAGCUGCAGUGUACUGUGAUUAGGUCGAUAUACUUACUAUUCUCUAGAUUUUCAUGUGCUGUAACUUAAUGUUAUAUAAAAAUAAUUGGUGCAUUUUCGGCACAUAAAUUCGAUCGAUUUUUUCAAGUAUUAAAGCUGGGUCGAUAUAUUGACAGCAAAAAAUUUUUGUACCAAUGGUACUACAGCUUCUUUAUAUGCUACUCAAUACGAACUUCGAGAACAAACCCAACCAAAUGAACAAA